AUGCGUUCAAUGAAAGCCAAGCACCGGCUCGUCCGACCCCUCCCUCGCCUCCUUUCCUCUGCCGCCGGCCAGUCCGUCCCAGCCUCGAGCCAAAUCACCCCGAUCACCUCCCUAUUGAUUGCAAACCGCGGCGAAAUUGCCCUGCGAAUCCACAAGACUGCCGACAGGCUGGGAAUCAGGACAACUACUCUGUACACGGAUCCCGACAGCUCCAGCCAGCACGCCGCGUGUUCCCCGCAUUCCCUGGCUUUGGGUGAUGCGAGAGCCUACCUGGACGGCGAGCGCAUCAUUUCAUUAGCCAAGAAGCACGGCAUUCAAGCCCUUCACCCAGGAUAUGGCUUUCUCUCUGAGAAUUCAAAGUUCGCUGAGAGAUGCGAGAAGGAGGGCAUCGUCUUCGUCGGGCCUCCGGCGCAAGCCAUGGCUGACAUGGGCGACAAGGCACGAAGCAAGGAGAUCAUGACCGCCGCCAGCGUGCCCUGCGUGCCAGGCUAUCAUGGUUCUGAACAAGGAGAAGAGCAACUGCUGCAGCAUGCCAAGAACAUCAAGUUCCCCGUGCUACUGAAGAGUGUCAAGGGUGGUGGUGGGAAAGGCAUGCGCAUCGUCUUGACGGAGGACGAGUUUGCCGCUCAGCUCCGCAGUGCCCGCGCCGAAGCACGCGCCUCGUUCGGCGAGGGCGGUGAGGUCAUGCUGGUGGAGAAAUACAUUGUGCGCCCACGCCACGUCGAGGUACAGGUCUUCGCCGAUAAGCUGGGUAACUGCGUGGCUCUCGGAGAGCGUGACUGCAGUAUACAGAGACGACACCAGAAGAUCCUCGAGGAAUCGCCGGCACCAGACCUGGAUGACGAGACGCGUCUCGACCUCUGGGAGAAGGCAAGGAAGGCCGCCCUGGCCGUCAACUACGUUGGCGCCGGCACCGUCGAGUUUAUCCUUGACAAGGACACCGGCGAGUUUUACUUCAUGGAGAUGAACACCCGCUUGCAGGUCGAGCACCCCGUCAGUGAGAUGGUCACCGGCACCGAUCUCGUCGAGUGGCAAUUUCGCGUCGCCGCUGGCGAAAAGCUGCCCUUGACCCAGGAAGAGAUUGUGGAGAACAUCAAGCAGCACGGCGCAGCCAUUGAGGCUCGUAUUUACGCCGAAAGCCCCGAGAAGGGGUUCAUGCCUGACUCGGGAAGGUUGAUCCACUUGACCACGCCGAAUACCAACGAGGACAUUCGCAUCGACGCCGGUUUUGUUCAGGGCGACACGGUUUCGGAGGCCUAUGACGGGAUGAUUGCCAAGUUGAUCGUCCGUGGUAAAGACAGAGAGACUGCCAUUCGCCGGAUGGAACUGGCUCUCCGGAACUACGAAGUCGUCGGUCUCAGCACCAACAUCGAGUUCCUCAAGAGACUUUGCCGGUCUCCCGCCUUCAUCGAGGGAAAUGUCGAGACAGGCUUCAUCGAAAAGUGGAAAGAGGAGCUUUUCAAGCCGCGACACAUCCACAGCGAGGUCUUUGUACAGGCUGCUCUCGGUUCGCUGUCUCCCCAGCUGGUCCAUGGCCCUCCUCAUGGCGGCAGCCUAGGAUUCGGCGAUGCUAGCACGUUGAGCGAGCGCAAGUUUGCUUUCAAGGUCCUUGACUCAUACAGCGAAAAAGAGGGGGAGGUGGUGGAGGUGAGCAUCACGCAAAAGGCUCAUCAGCUCUUCGACGCGCGCGUGUCAAGAAAAGGAGAAGAGGCGCCCCAGGUUUUCGAGAACCUCGUCAGCAAAUCGAUCUCUGGCUCGUCAAAAAACGCACUGACGACGUUCUUCCCCGACGAACGCCUCGAAUCCACCGUCGUGCAGAACACGCAGAGCGAGCAGGAUACGAAGAUCGUAGUGUUUCAGCACGGCAUCAAGACGGAGCUUUCUCUACUGCCACCCGGCUGGUUCGAGAAGGCCCUUGGCCUGAAGGAGGUCACGGCGUCAGUGGUAGCGCCUAUGCCGUGUAAGAUUCUGAAAAACGAGGUAGAGGAAGGGCAGACGGUGGCCAAGGGCGCCCCAUUGGUUGUCAUCGAGUCCAUGAAGAUGGAGACAGUUAUCCGGUCACCCCAAAACGGCGUUAUCAAGAGGCUGGCGCAUAAGGAAGGAGAUAUCUGCAAAGCUGGAACUGUUUUGGUUCUUUUUGAAGAGGAGGCUAAUGAAGAGUCAUGA